AUGGGAGACAUUGAAACUAUAGAUGAUGAUGUUGGCUCAAUCGACAAGAAAUUUGAAAUUGGCAAAUAUUGGGGUAAAUGGACAUACUUCUACUUUGGAUAUUCCUUCCAUCUUAAAUAAGCCUAUGCUUAUAUUCGUUAAAUAGAUCAAACAGCCAACUCCUAUCUGUUUGAGGAGAUCUAUCACUUUGUUCCAAAUUAUUUGAGUGUGUUCUUCUCUGAGGAUGGCUAUGGCAAACAAUUUGAUGGUGAAGCCUUUGAUUGGUAUUUGGGUAUCGGCGAUGGUGCAUUUACUACAAGUCCAGAACCAAGAGAGUGGCCAGUUGAUCCUGCACCUCCUCCUGAUAGAAUCUUGUCAGCUCUACUCGCAAAUCAAGGAUUUAACUCAGGCAGAAUCAUCAAGGGUGGUGGAACAUUCUUAUAAGUCGAAGGAUCUGUCAAUUUAAUCUAAGAAAAUGAAGAAUGAUAUAAACAAUCAUAAAUUAUUAUUAUUAUUUUUAAUAAA